UCUACUGGGAGAUGACGCAACCGAUAGAGAGGGAGGGAGAGAGAGCGCUAGCGGGAGACGAGCAGAACAGCUGCAGCGUUCACUUGUCGUCGGAUUUUCACCGCAUUGCGAAUUGAACAGAGGAAAAACAAAUACAAAACGAUAUCUUAAAAUAAUAAUAAUAAUAAUAAUAAUAAAAAAUCUCCAGGCGAGCGGCGCCACGCCUCAACACCCCCUCGCUCCCCCCAACAACAGCACCAUCCCUCCAAAAUUCCAAAUUAAGCCAAAAUACCAGGAAUAAAAGCUCUCCAUUUGUCCAAAGAUGGUCGACCGCGAGCAGCUGGUGCAGAAAGCCAGGCUGGCCGAGCAGGCUGAGAGGUAUGACGACAUGGCGGCCGCCAUGAAAUCGGUGACGGAGCUGAACGAGGCUCUGUCCAACGAAGAGCGCAACCUGUUAUCGGUGGCCUACAAAAAUGUGGUGGGUGCCCGUCGCUCGUCCUGGCGCGUCAUCUCCAGCAUCGAGCAAAAGACGUCGGCCGACGGCAACGAAAAAAAGAUCGAGAUGGUGCGCGCCUACCGGGAAAAAAUCGAGAAGGAGCUGGAGGCCGUGUGCCAGGAUGUACUCAACCUUCUGGACAACUUCCUGAUCAAGAAUUGCGGCGACACGCAGCACGAGAGCAAAGUGUUCUACCUGAAGAUGAAGGGCGACUACUACCGCUACCUGGCCGAGGUGGCCACUGGAGAGAAGCGCGCCGCCGUGGUGGAGUCGUCGGAAAAGGCCUACAACGAAGCGCAUGAGAUCAGCAAGGAGCACAUGCAGCCCACCCAUCCCAUUCGGCUGGGCCUCGCUCUCAACUAUUCGGUCUUCUACUACGAGAUCCAGAACGCGCCGGAGCAGGCGUGUCAUCUGGCCAAGACGGCCUUCGACGACGCCAUCGCCGAGCUAGACACCCUCAACGAGGACUCGUACAAAGACUCCACGCUCAUCAUGCAGCUGCUGCGCGACAACUUGACUCUGUGGACGAGCGACCAGCAGGACGACGAGGGCGGGGAGGGCAACAACUAAAUGCCCCACAACAAGAAGGCGAAGACGCCGAAAAAGAAUCUUGGCAGGAGAAAAAAGGCCGGUGGACUUUGGCAGCCGCUUUUUGCCGGAUCCACUCGCGCAGCAGCCGUUGUUUAUUUUUCCAUGUGUUUCCAGAAAAGAACAGAGGUGAGCGUUAGUUGAAGUAGACCUUUUCACCAUGACGUACUUCCAGGUGGCAAAAGCUCAAGAGUUCACACAGUAAAUAAACUGUCCUUUGAGAAAUUUGAAGGACUGAAUGAUGAUUUUUAGCCUUGUGUUGAAAUGUCAGUGGAAAAGAUGUUAGAGAAGUAAGGUCACUUUUUUAGAAGACAGACAGGCAGCAGAUAUUUAAAUUCCAGUUGUUUGAUUAAAAAAUGCAUUUUUAAUGGAAAUUCCCACAUCAUUAAAAGACAUGCUAAUUAGUUUUACUUUUUGGUUCCUUGUUUGAAGGACACAGAACUACACACGUAGACAACAUUGUUGGUACUCCUCUGUUAAUAAAAGUAAAACCCACACUAGUUACUGAAAUGACUGACACAAAAAAUAAUGCAGGGAUCCCAUUUUUCACGGUUAAUGGGGGACACCACCGCCCCCGCGAAAAUCGAAAAUCUGCGAAGUACAGGCGGAGCUUAUUAUAUUUUUAAACAGCAUCGGAACGAGAUACUGUAGAUAUAAAAAUGAAAUCUUAUAUGUAUAUAUUUAUCCCUCGCUACUUUGCGCCCUCAGUCUAUCGCAGAUUUUUUUUUUUUUUUCAAUUAAAGUAAAAAAAAUAAAAAUAAAUAAAUAAAUGCAGUAUUUUAUAGAGCUGUCCUGAUCCGAUCACGUAGCCUCUCGCUCCUGCCGUAUUUCUUGGCCAGGCAGUACACUGGAGUUGCUUAUUAAAAUUAACGAUGAUUGACAGACAUUAAGGUUUGAUCUUGCCGUGCUUGGAAGCCGAAACUUCAAAGCACUGCAUGCGUCAAUUGUCGUUUAACUUGUUAAACAGUUGCUGUGGCAACUCAUUGUGUGUAAGUGAGCAGCUAGAGCGGAUUUGAGUGGACUCUCUCAAUGAAGCAUUUAAUAAAGACAAGCAUUCUUCAACUAUAUUCUUGUUUAGAAAUAAUUCAGUGGGACAGUAACAAAACUUAUCAUAAUUAUUACAUUUGAAGUGCUUAAAAAACAUUUAUUAAAAAAAUAUACUUAUAUAUACACAAGUUUUUUUUUUUUUUAAAUUAUACUUUGGGGGAAAAAGUGAUGGGAUCACUGUAAUAUACUGUAUGUAUACAGUGGGGAGAACAAGUAUUUGAUACACUGCCAAUGGGAAAACCAUUGGCAGUGUAUCAAAUACUUGUUCUUCCCUGUAAUUAAAAAUAAAUAAAUACAUUAAAAAAUACUUGUUCUCCCCACUAUAUAUAUAUAUAUGUAUGUAUAUAUGUAUAUAUAUAUGUAUAUGUAUGUAUAUAUAUAUGUAUAUUAGAGGUGUGCAAAAUUUCUGAUUCUUAGAUUAUUCGCGAUUCGGCCGUGGAAGAUUCGAGAACGAUUCACAAACAUCCAAAUUCCGAUUAUUGAAAUAUGCCAAGUAAAGCAGAAGUACGACACACUCAGCGCGCCGCGCGGUCUUCGGUACGCAGUUAGGGACGGAGCGAGAGUAGCUAAACAUCAUGCUUCUCAUUACCCGGCCCCUCGGGUAACGCCAAUGCUCAACUCACGGCUCUAGCUCAACUCAUGCCACGAGAUAAAAAAAAAAAACAACAACAUACCUGACUGCUGCCAAAAAGCUGCUACAAGCCACAUUAUGUUACGGUAGAUAUCAUUUAUAUAGGACUAGAUGCAUUAUAGCUUCGGUAUCGUUACCAACACAUCUACAAAAAACUAGAUGCGGGCGUUAGUAACGGCCGCCAUCUUAAAGCAGUACACUUCCUGCAAGGUUGUUGUUGCGAACCUUCCAAGCGAACCUAAUUAACUUUUUAUCUAAAAUACUCCUAAAUCGGUAAAAUAUUGACUUGAAUCUAUCUUUAAAAUAGUUUUAAAACUUUUACAUGUUGAAAGUAGAUAAAAGAGAAAUUAUGGAAUAACAGGAGCAAUUUUAACAACUUUAACGGUUGAUUCACAACAUUAAAUUAAUUGAAAGUAGUUUAAAGCUGCUAAUAUAGAAUGGGGACUGGAGUUUUUUUAUUUACUGUUAUUUUUGUAUAUUUGUUUACUGCUAUAUGUUAACUUGAUAUUGAAAUAGUAGUUUGGUUUAGCCUGAGAGGAUUUUUGAACAAUUUUGGAACUAAUGUACAAAACAAAUUAAAAAAAAAAAAAAAAGGAGUGGGGUGCAUCAAUAAUCGUUUUAUAAUCGAAUCGGAGCCUCUGAAUCAUAAUCGUAAUCAAAUCGUUAGGUGCCCAAAGAUUCCCAGCUCUAAUGUAUAUAUGUAUAUAUAUAUAUGUAUAUA